CCACUAGACCGUGAGUGCGAUCAACUUAAGUAUAAUUGUAGAGAACGCAGCGUAUCGGCAGAGUCACGGAUAUUAGCAGGCAAACAAAAGAAAUGAAGAUCAAGAUCAGCUAGUUGUAUUGAGCCACUGGAUCCGCUGGAGGCGACACAGUGAUCGAUGGAUCUUUUGCAACUGAGUUUCAGUAUUUCGAAAACGCGUGACGAAAAACAAAUGAUGAAAUCACGAAGAUCAGCCACCUGGAUCGCCCGGAUCGAGUUCUACCUAGAUCUGGUGCGUGCACUUAGACUUCUUUGCUUUCUAUACCAAUCUGGAAGUACAGUGCAUCGCAACCAGAAGGUGUGUGCAAUUUGAUCCACAAACUCGUGUGCUGCGAUCGAUGUGAACACUGCA